CAGCACCAUUGCCAGCAAUUGCCAUUGUAUUUUGGACACUAUUGUUCUAGCAUCCUGUCUAAAUAUUUGUUCUAUUUAUAUGAAAAUUCAAAUAUUACUCAAUCAUUUUAACUACUGCGGAAAUAAAUGCUACUAUAGACUAUUGUAGUGCGUGCGCAAGAUCUUCGCUGAACUAGCUACGUUCACUGCACUGGUGCUGUUCCCAUCUUUACUAGCGACCCAAUAGGAAAGGAGUUCCUGUGGUGCCUGAUCUCUCCAGACCUGUUCAUGCAGAUCGACCUGUUAUGGACUCGUCAAAGAGGCAACGACCUGAGAAAGGAUACUAUUCCUACCUCCAUAAUAUAAGCUCGGCUGACAUGGACUUAUCUAGCAUGCGGGAAGCACGAGAUGUGAGAACCACUCUGAGCUGUAAGUCUGAUGACAGUCUGCCAGAAGGGGUCUUCCUUGUUGAGAGGAUAAUUCAUCAUCGACUAACUAAGCUCAAGGGACCUUUUGUUCCAUUAUCCCGGGCCUCCUAGCUAUGGCAGUAAACAAGCAGUCCAGAAGAGCAGAGAGCCUGUCCAUCACCAUCUCAAAUUCAGCAAAGAAGUACUCUGACUUCAGCCACACAGAACCACAAGUACAGCCAAACUUCUCUCUCUCUAUUCCUAUCGAGUUGCUGCAUCAUUGGUACAUGAACAAGAAGGCAGAAGAGACAUUCAUUAGCUUAGUUAAUAGCAUGGUAACAAUAGUUAAACUAGCACAAAGCGAUCGUCUGGAGAAAAGGCUUGCAGAACAAGCUAGCAAGGUAGCAAGAAGGAUACGGGGGCUAAAAGGAAGAAGGAGGUAUGCCGUACUUGCUGGAGAAUACAACCUCUUCGUGCUUGAUGGAGAAGCAGAAUCGUAUUCUGAAAUUGAGCAGCAACUAUCCACUGAAUCUCCACAGCCAACAACAAUCCCCGAAACAAGUAGACCUACCACAGCACACAUCAACAAAGGCAAAAAAGUUCACGAGGUAUCACCACGACAGGUAAAACGAAAGCUAGCACACUGUAAGAGCUCUGCAGAGCAAGCGCUUUGGUUUUGUGAAUCAUUCGGUCUUCAGCCAGAAUCUUUAGAGCUACGCAAACAGACAGGAUCUCCCAUCAAAUUCAAUUUUUUAUCUAGCCCAUCUCACAAGCCACAACAUCAAACGCCAGCUCUUUCACCAAACGAUUCUGCGAGGGUACAGCAAGCUCUUUAUGUACUUGACAGGUUUGCUGUGAGUGACGAAGCUUAUCAUGAAUUGAGCGUCGCAUCUGAUUUACCACCACUGUACCGAAUCAAGGAUGCUCGCCUCUCAAUUAACAACUCUCUCGACAUCCGACAUCUCGAAGGUCCUUAUCCUGGUGCUUAUAGACCACCGAAAGCUGCAAUCCAGGAAGAGCUAGCUAAGAUCGUUCAUUCAGGGAAAGCUAUCACCCAACCAGUAAAAGUAAAACUCAGUGGUGACGGAGCCAGAUUCACAAGAUCAUCCAAUAUCAUACUUCUCUCAUUUGCAUUUCCAGAAAUUCAAGACAAUGUUUUAUCAGGCAUGGGUAAGCUUAACAAUAAAAAUAUUAAACGAGAAAGUGGUGAAAAUAUUUUUAUAUUGACAUUCAUACAGGCAAUCAUACUUUUGCUGGCCUAA